CAGAAAGACUUGGAGACACGGAGGCCGUGCUGUCUGAGGUCGGAGGUUUGCUUACCUGGUCUGUAGAGCAGAAUGUGACCAGGAGUCAUGGCAUUGUUUUUUUUUCACUCAUCAUUUUUUGGCCAUUUGUUUGUGCUGUAUGCUUAUUGAAGUCACCAGUCAAACUGGUCAUAACAUAUUAUCUCCACGCUUUACACUCUAUUAAAAAUCAUUAAGCUCAUGUACAGUGUGUUGCUCGUAGAGAGUUAAGUCUGUGAAAUGACUUAAACAAAUUCAAAAACUAAUUUGAUCUGUAUCAUAUGAUCUUAACGUAUACUGUACAACAGCAAGACCCGUCAUAUCAGUGUUCUAUAUGAUCUUAACGUAUAUGUGCAACAGAAAGACCCGUCAUAUCAGUGUUCUAUAUGAUCUUAACGUAUAUGUGCAACAGAAAGACCCGUCAUAUCAGUGUUCUAUAUGAUCUUAACGUAUAUGUGCAACAGAAAGACCCGUCAUAUGAGUGUUCUAUAUGAUCUUAACGUAUAUGUGCAACAGAAAGACUCGUCAUAUGAGUGUUCUAUAUGAUCUUAACGUAUAUGUGCAACAGAAAGACUCGUCAUAUGAGUGUUCUAUAUGAUCUUAACGUAUAUGUGCAACAGAAAGACUCGUCAUAUGAGUGUUCUAUAUGAUCUUGACGUAUAUGUGCAACAGAAAGACUCGUCAUAUGAAUGUUCUUCUUCCCGUUGUUGCGUUCCUGCAGCCUGGCCUGUGCUUGCUCUGCUCAUGCACGGGUAAGGUGACAUAUACACUAGCCAUCAGUAAGCCAGUCUGCACUGCAGCCAGCCAGCAUGACACCUUCAGUGCCAUACAGUUCUUUUCAUGAAAUGGUGCCAGGCUAUUCCAAGGUGUACAGAGUGUAGAGUGGUAUGUAUAGACAGCAAAUGGAAACUGUGUGUGUUUGCUGUUGGAUAAAGGGUGUGUGUGCAGGGUGAGUCCCCUCGAGGCCAGGGAACUGUGAGCAGAGGAUAUUGUAAGAUCACCACCUGCGCGUCUCACAGCCCAGGCAAGAAAAUUCUGCGAAUUCUGCGAGUGAAGAUCGAGUAUAGGUAGUUUCUGUGGAAGUGAGAAUUAAGAUUACCGGUAAGUGACGAUUAACUAGUUUAGAAGAAAAUGUCUUACUGCUUGAUGUCUUACUCAGAACAUUUCUGUUUGUUACUGAACAAAAAUGUCAUCUCCCUUGACUCCUGAAAUGCAAACAUAGCAUAUUAUAACCAUUAUUUUGCAAAAAAAGACAACAUUGGCUUGUGAUCAAACAUCACCAGACUUAAAUCGUUGGGAGAUAAGAUAAAUGUGUCUAAUCACUCUAGUUCAGACUCAGACAUUUAUUUAUUUAUUCAACUGUCAGUUCUGGUAUUACAGCACCAAAAAGGGUCAUGCAAACCCGCGUUGUUCCCUGGGACAUUAAAAGAAUAGGCAGUGCGUUUCUUCAGGUUUAUUUUUAGAUCUUACUGCACCUCUCAGUUCACACCAGAGGUGCUGACCCUCCCUGGGCUGUCAGUCCUCCUAGGCCUCAUUACCUGGGCCCAGCCGGCAGGAGGGCAGCAGGGAGCUGAUUGUGCUCCAGGGACACGACGCUACAAGACUCUACAAGUCCUGCCGCUGCCACUGCACCAUUCCCCAUAGUGUACCACUGCGAACAUCCCUGGACAUGACGAAUAACAAAUAGACAGGCAACAAAGUGUGUGUCUGUGCUGGGUGAACUGUUAGGUAGUGUUGUCUCGUGCUGACGCCGUUUGAUUGAGCUGUGAGAAGUCACGUCGUACACGCCACCACUGUCUCCCAGUCCGUGACACGCUGGCCUGAGCACAUCAAACCAGAACAACGCUGGCCCUCUCCCCUGAUGACUAUGACAAGGGUGGAACAAUAGCGAUGUCAGCUGCCAGCCAGGCAGUCUCCCUUACCCAGUACGCGCCAGAGGGAAUCAGCAGCACAGCCAGGACUCACCAGGAAAGAAGAUCUUAAAGUGGAAAAGAGGCCACACCCCCACCCACACACACACACACCCAGACACACACACACACACACACACACACACACACACACACACACACACACACACACACACACACACACACACACACACACACACACACACACACACACACACACAAAAGCCUGUCCCCACAGCCCUAAAAUGGCAUGGAAUGAGACAUUCAGAGAAGUUUACCUUUGUAUUCUUGUUACAAGAAUACCAGAGCUCACCAUGGUGUUUGGCUUCAGCUUCAGCUCGACGUUCAGCUUGACAUAAACCAACUAGUGUUGAUCUAUCGAGACCAUAAUUAACCUGAAAUAUGUCAGAUGCCCAGUUGGUGAGAAAUGGCUUGUUAUUCUUGACUUGCCUUACGGUUCCCAUGCUGAGUUCAGAUCAAGUGGAUGUUCAUUUGGGGUCUCCCACUGCAAGCAGUAGGGGCUAUACAGAGAAAGGAGCAGGAGAGAAGUUUACUAAAAUAGCCACACACACACACACAGGAGUUUAUGAAUGCACUGUGGAAAAUGUGAACUGCCCCCCCCCUCUCUCUCCCUCCUUAUCUUAUUUCUCUCCUGUGGACCUGAGAAAGAGUUGGCAGUUAUUCUCAGUGCUCAGGUGACUCCACCUUUGAUUGGAUAAGACCACCGACUGAGUUUAUUCUGCCCAGUUAAGUGCCGGGCAGUCUGGUCCUGCAGUGCUGUGAAAGUUUCAUCACAAGGUGUAACCUCCCAUUCAGCCGUAGGCUGCUAUAGAUUUUAGAGGCUGAGAUAACAGCCUGGGGAAGUACAGCAAAGUUUACCUUUUUAAAGAAAGAAAAGUCAGACAAGUCUACCUUUUUGGUAUGGGGCACUUUCAUAUAUGAAAAAAUAUAUAAUGUCCGCAACACUGCUUUAGACUCCCAUAUAUUUAAUGUACAAAAGGCGUUAUAUAUAUCCAAGUACUAUAAGACUACUAUAGAAAUACUAUAGCGGCUCUAGGAUAUUAUAGAGGUAUUACAGAACAUAACAUUCUGUGAUGUUCUGGACUAUACUAGUCUUAUAGUACUUCUAUAGUAUGUCCCAAAAUACUAUAGUAUUCCUAUAAUAUUACUAUAAUGUUUUGUCCCAAAAUACUAUACGAUUCCUAUAGUAGUAGUCUUAGUAUAGUAGUCUUAAGGGUGGUUUUAUUUUGAUCACCAGUUAGAAAAGAGAUUGAGCAUUUAAAUCGGUAGUUUAAACACUUUACUUCAACAUGCACUGUCAUGAAUGAUAUCCCACAAUGCCUUUCUGCUUACUAAUGCAAUUCAUCUGAGCACCUCAUAGCAUAGUUUCAAAUGUAGCUGUUUAAAGGUCAGAGUGAUGUUGGGCGUCUACAUCAUGUGAUAUAGGGAUAUGUGUAUGUGACGUUUUAGGGGGUGGCCUUUGUGUGCAUAUCCCCACAUGCCUUUCCCAUGCUCAUUGUGUGAGCAGAAAAACUCCGUCAGGGCCUGAUCACGGAAGAAGUAGGAAGUUACCAUGGCAAUGGAAAAUGUUAUCUUGUUGAGAAGCAUGGUAGAAGGAUUUUGUCUCAAAGUGAAAAGAAUUCUUAUCUGGUCUGUCUGCUCCUUCUUACCACUUGACUCUCCUGUGUUCUGAUUCAGGUUCAAAUGGUUCAUUUCUCUCACAAAUAGACCAGAGGAAGUAGAGUAUAAGUGCAGUAAGAGGAAGUCGUUGUAGCUGUGGUCUUAAAGUGUGCUUUCUCUCCUGACAUCAGGCUAAACAUGACCAGAUACUGCCAUAGAUGAGUUUAAAUGUCCCUGAUGAAACAGAAGAAUGACACUCUGAUGUCAGAGAAGUCGAACCCAGCGGAGAAGAUGAAGGAGCAGAAUGCUUGCCGUCGGCGGUUCUCUCUGUGUCCGACUGUGUCCUCUCCGCAGAAGGUGGACCCACGAGGCCUCUCGCGAAACCUCUCAGACGGAGACCAUCACAUCUACCCUCUCAGUCCAGGCAGUGAAACGGAGAAGGAUGGCACAGCAAACCUCCAGAACAACGUCAGUCCUGCUGUGUCCCCCUCAAAUAAGUCUGCAACAAAGGUUUUCAAUGGCCAUGAGAAAGAAUGCUCUAGUCCCAUGGAAAAACUGGAUCGAAAGGAGUCUCUUAAGGUCCAAAAAAAGAAUUAUCGUCAGGAGAAAAAGCGGGCAGCAAAGGAGCUUUUUAGUGCUUUGAAGGACCCCACUGUUGUCAUCAUGUCCAACUGGUUGAAGAUUCGCGGGACAUUGAAGAGCUGGACUAAGCUGUUCUGUGUUUUGAAGCCUGGAGUGCUUCUCAUUUACAAGUCCCCUAAGGUGGACCACUGGGUGGGCACCAUCCUCCUCAACGCCUGCAAGCUCAUCGAGAGGCCCUCCAAGAAGGACGGCUUCUGCUUCAAACUGUACCACCCGCUGGACCAGUCCAUCUGGGCUGUGAAGGGUCCUAAAGGAGAGAAUGUGGGCUCCAUCACACAGCCUCUGCCCAGCAGCCAUCUGAUAUUCAGGGCCGCGUCAGGGUCAGAUGGUCGUUGCUGGAUGGACGCUCUGGAGCUGGCCCUGAGCUGCUCCAGCCUGUACAAGCUGACCUGUAAGGCUGGACGUGACGGCGAUCUGAGCAGCUCCUCCGAGUCCUCGCACAUCCUCAACCUGCACGGCUCUCCUCUGUCCGCCCAGGAGCUACAACUUCUACAUGACUCCAUGCUGGUGAAUAACCACAUGGAGAUAGAUGCCUGCUCCGACAAAUCAGAGAGGGAGGUUCACGAGGAGUCAGAAAAUGGGGCCAAUGAGAAUGGAGACAGACUGAGUGAGGAGAGUGACAUGGACCAAUCAGAUGACCUGUCCCCUGUCAUCAAGGCCACUUGCUACAUGGAGCAGAGUCAAGAGGAGAUUGCUGAGGCAGGGGAGGCGUCACAAACAGAGACAGUUUCGGAGGAGAAUAAAGGCCUGGUGUGGACCCUACUGAAGCAGCUGCGUCCUGGCAUGGACCUCUCCAAGGUGGUGCUGCCCACCUUCAUCCUGGAGCCGCGCUCUUUCCUGGACAAGCUCUCCGACUACUAUUACCAUGCCAACUUCUUAUCAGAGGCAGUUAAGGAGGAGAGUGCCUAUGGACGCAUUAAAAAGGUGUUGCGAUGGUACCUCUCCGGCUUUUACAAGAAGCCCAAGGGACUGAAGAAACCGUACAAUCCCAUUCUGGGAGAGACGUUUCGCUGUUGCUGGCCCCACCCGGACUCAGACAGUUGCACGUUUUAUAUUGCAGAGCAGGUGUCGCAUCACCCUCCCAUUUCGGCUUUUUAUGUGAGCAACAAAAAGGAUGGCUUCUGUAUAAGCGGAAGCAUUCUUGCAAAAUCAAAAUUUUAUGGUAACUCAUUAUCGGCCGUACUAGAGGGCAAAGCCAAGCUGCAGUUCCUUAACCGUGAUGAGGAAUAUGUCGUAACUAUGCCGUAUGCCCACUGUAAAGGCAUUUUAUAUGGUACAAUGACUUUGGAACUUGGAGGCAGAGUAACAAUUGAAUGUGAAAAGACUAAGUGUAUAGCACACCUGGAAUUUAAACUUAAGCCUUUUCUUGGUACUUCUGGCCAAGUAAACCAGAUAUCAGGGAAAAUUCUCCAGGAUGAAGAAGUGUUAGCCACUGUUGAUGGUCACUGGGACAGAGAGGUGUACCUGAUGGACAGGAGGUCCGGGCAGAGGGAUCUGCUGUGGAGCCCCACUCCAGAGGUGCGCAGACAGAGGCUCAGGAGACAAGUGGUCCAGCCAGAGCAGCAGGAGCACUUUGAGUCGGAGAGGCUGUGGAAGAAUGUGACCAGCGCUAUCAUGGCCCAGGACCAGAACCGGGCCACCCAGGAGAAGUUCCUGCUGGAGGAGGCGCAGCGGCAGGAGGCCCGGGAGCGCGGUCAGCUGCCCUGGAUGCCCCGCCUUUUUACCCUGGACGCCAUCACCAACGAGUGGUGCUACAAGCACGCCGACUCUAAGCCCUGGGACCCAGUCAGCAGCUUGAAGCAAUUUGAGAAGGGUGGGAUCAUCCAGACCAGGGAGAGAGAGCAGCCCCAGAUGCAACUCAACGGCCUCUUGUACAGCCAGAACUGGGCAGCGCAACAGCAGAAGGCCAAAGCCCAGGGCAAACACAGGAAGUCCAGCAGGCAGCCGUCCAGCUGUAGUCAGAACACGGAGAGCAGCAGCACCUCAGACCCGCUGCACGAGUCCUCGGACAAUGAGGGCCAGGCACCGCAGUGCCCCCGGUGUGCCCAGGAGACUCUAGAUUUUGCUGAAAUUGAAUCCUCCAUCGCGUCCAUACAAAAGAUGCAGCAAGAUAUUCAAAGGAACCUGUGUGCGCUGAGCCAGCAGAUGCUGGUCUGCAGCCAGUCGGACGAGGGUGUGAUGCUGAGUGGCCGAAGCUGCCUCAUCCUCUGUGUGCUGCUAUUGCUCCAGCUCUUCAUCAACUACGUGUCCACAUGAGGCAGUACGCCCACACCGCCAGCAGCAAUAAACCGCCACCUCACCUCCACCCACCUCCACACAAUACUCCGAGAUCUGUACUCACACUCAGGCACAAAGCACUUUGGACAGAGAGAGAGAGAGAGAGAGAGAGAGAGAGUAAGACAGUGGGGGAAAUCAUGGAAUGAAUGAGAAAUCAAAUUAGGCAGAGUUGUACAUGUGAAGAACAACAGAAAAAUAUAAAUAUUUUAAUAGCGUGCUUGGAAUAUUUGAUGUUCUUUCACGGCUAUUUGUGGAUGUGCACUUUUAUAGGCCUUGCAAUACUGUUUCAGUUGUUCUUCUUUAUGUUUGAUUAUUUCAACACCCCAUGGGGUAUUCUCCUUCCAGUUUGAACUUUGGGCCUUAAUGCUAAAGCCAAAUAAGGGGGACAAAUCAUACACCAGAGAACAAAAUCUAACAUUGAUUGUGCAGUUCUUGUUUUUUGAUAAAUGUUUGGUAAUACAAUGUUUUGUUUUGAUAAUUUACCAAACAGUAUUUAUUGUCUUUCAUGGAAAGAGUUUACGUUUACAAGUAAGAUUCUUCAAAAACCACAAAGCCAUUAUGACUUGUCAGUAGUAGAGCUUAAGUUAACAUUUCACUGUACGCUGUGAUGAGAAAUCUGUUUGCUUCAUGCCAUGACACUGUAAUAAGCAUGCCUAAAGACUGUAAAUGCCUUAUCAAAUUUAACAAAUGGUUUAAUGAGACAUAUAACCAUAAGAGGGUAGAGUAAUUACUUAAUGGAAUAAGAUGUCUCCUUACAAAUCAAUGCUUGUUAAACAUGGUUAUGACUGAUGUUGUAACAGAGUCUGGUCUAUUUUUGUCAGACAGAUUCACAAAUAUGUCCAUUGUGAAACAUGUAGCUCGGACAAGGCAUCUUAUUGAGAUUCACAGGGUGCGUAAAGGCUUAACACAGUGGGACUUUUGAAAUGCCAUGUGAUGAUAAAUGAGAUGUUUCAGGGAGGACCACAGUUUUUCCACACAUUUUACUUGUGUUUGCUUUAAGGAAUGAAAUGUGUAAUAACCAAAUACCAGUUGAAUGAAUUAGCUGAAUGAAAAUGUACUGCAUUCAGUCUUGCCUAUUUUUCUUUUGCCCUUAUGAACAUAUGCAUCACUCUUUUUAAAGGUAUAAUACCAAGACACAACUUCUUCCUGGGUACUAUUUGCAAGUACGUAUUGCUAGUCAUGCAUUUAUAACAAGCAUAUUGCAUGGAACUCAAUGAUGUUGGAAUUUCUUGUUUUGAGAUAUCUUUACAAAGUACAGUACUAGUACAUACUCUACUUAUAAUGCAGGUGAGUCAAUGUGACAGGUUCUUAAUAGAUUUUCAGUCAAUAGUUUGUUACAUAUGAGGCCACAAUUAAUGAGAAGACAUCCCUGUCUCCAGGCAAGGGGUUAAAAGGUCUUAUUACAAUGGUGAAAUUCUCCCAUUAAUAAUAAACCUCUAUUACAAAUAUCUGUAAAAUCUUCCUUUAGGCUACUUGUUCGUUUCAGAUGUUUCACCAAAAAUGUUAGCCUGCAUUGGGGGACUAUUGUGAAUGGAAAUGAACAAAACUGAUAAUGAACAUUAAUUUCUUGGAAGAUCUGUUCUGACUGAGUAUGACAUGUGUUUCAUUGCAAUAACUGAAAAUGUGUCUUCAUCGGAUAAGGUCAAUAAAUCUAAAUAAUGGACCUAGUUUCAUCUGUAGUAGAUUGUUUAUUAAUAAAGGUAUAAUCGUG